UGUCAAAUUUCCUUUACCGUAAUCCCCGGGACACCUCAAGUCAUGGCCACUUCCCAACUUCAACUGACCUUGGCCAUUAUUAAGCCGGAUAUUGCCAAGAUGACCCUUUCUGUCCUCCAAAUCCGCGACAUGAUGUUGAAGCAUCAAUUUCGCAUUGUUCGCUCCAAGACUGUUCACUUAUCGCCAAUUCAAGCCGGUCAAUUCUAUCAGGAGCAUGAAGGCAAGUUCUUCUACCACCGUCUUGUCACCUUCAUGUCCAGUGGACCAUCCCAUGUGCACAUACUGGCUAAAGAGAAUGCCAUCCAAGAUUGGAGAGCCCUAAUGGGCCCGACUAAAGUAUUCAAGACGCGUUUUGAGCAACCCGAUACCAUCCGAGGGCGAUUUGGCCUGACUGAUACACGAAAUUGUUCACAUGGGUCAGACUCGGACGAGACGGCCAAGCGAGAGAUUGGCUUCUUCUUUCCUCAGUUUGAUGUGGAUUAUUUCAUGGCUAUGGAUGAGCCCAAGUUCAGGCAAGGUCCUUUGUGGUUGGAUCCCGCGACUUUUGAGCAUGUUCCCGCUGAUCUUUAGUUUUGAAUUUCCCGGUUUAUUUGCUUAUGGGUUAAACAAUGUUACACAUAACGAA